GGGCGCACGGCCUUGCAGCCGCCGGCCGCGGAAGGCGGAGGAGGCUGUGCGGCGCGGAGCCACCCCCUCCCACCGCCGGCGCCCGGGGGCCACCCCUCAGGAAGAGGCCGCGGCCCUGGGAGCGGCCUGCCCUUUGGGCUCCGGCCAAGGGCCGCACCGCCCCCGCACCCCCAGCGGCCGCCGCGCUCCCGCCCGCGGACGGCUGGGCGUCGGGGGAAGGCCCCGCCGGAGCCGCCCCCGCGCGCUCGGCCAUGGGCGCCGCCGGCUCGUGGGCUCCGGGCAGCCUCGGCCUCCCCGCGCCGCGCCUCCCCGCGCCGUCCCGGCCCGCCUGGCUCGGGGCGGCCGCGCUGGGACUGGCCGCCGUGGCGCUGGGGACGGUGGCCUGGCGCCGCGCGCGCUCCAGGCGGCGCCGGCGGCUGCAGCAGGUGGGCACCGUGGCGCAGCUCUGGAUCUACCCGGUCAAGUCGUGCAAGGGGGUGCCGGUGAGCGCGGCGGAGGGCACGGCCUUGGGGCUGCGCUGCGGCCACCUGCGGGACAGGUUUUGGCUGGUGAUCAAUGAGAAGGGGAACAUGGUUACAGCUCGACAGGAGCCUCGUCUGGUCCUGAUUUCCCUGACUUGUGAGGGUGAUGCCCUGACUCUCAGUGCAGCCUACACGAAGGACCUGCAGUUGCCCCUCAAGACACCGGCCACGAAUGCGGUGUGCAAGUGCAGAGUGCACGGCCUGGAAAUCGAGGGCAGGGACUGUGGGGAGGCGGCGGCCCAGUGGAUAACUAGCUUCCUGAAGACGCAGCCGUAUCGCCUGGUGCACUUUGAGCCUCACCUGCGACCGAGAAAUUCUCACCAAAUAUUGGACGUGUUCCGGCCCACCGACCAGAUUGCGUACUCAGAUACCAGCCCAUACUUGAUCCUUUCUGAGGCAUCGUUGGCAGAUCUCAAUUCCAGGCUGGAGAAGAAAGUUAAAGUGACUAACUUCAGGCCCAAUAUUGUAAUUUCAGGGUGUGGUGUCUAUGCAGAGGAUUCGUGGGAUGAGCUGCUUAUUGGCGACGUGAUAAUGAAAAGAAUAAUGGCUUGUUCCAGGUGCAUUUUAACCACGGUGGACCCAGACACCGGCGUCAUGAGCAGGAAGGAGCCGCUGGAGACCCUGAAGAGUUAUCGUCUGUGUGACGCUUCUGAGCAGAAGCUGUAUGGAAAAUCACCUCUCUUCGGGCAGUAUUUUGUUCUGGAAAGCGCAGGGACCAUCAAAGUGGGAGACCCUGUGUACCUGCUGGGCCAGUAGUAGGAGUCAUGUCCUAGAAUGUCAGGUACCUUUGAAGAAAUGUCCUCAAAAAUGCCAACACUGGAAGCAAAGUUCUGGAACUGAUACCUCAGCAUUUCCUUUAGGUCUGUGACUUCCAAGCAUUUCGUCUUUUGGACUUCCUGGUGCCUCAGUGCCCCCUAGUGCCUUGGUACAAGGCAAAGAAAUACAGUCGUGGUAACUUAAGAGGACUUCAGUAAGCCACUUAAAUGACAAGAUAAAAUUCUGAAAACCCCCUGUGUAACUGUGACUGUGGGAUUCCUGCUCCUUCUUUUCCAUUUACCUAUCCAGAGGGCUAACCUCCAUAAUCUCAUUACCACCCUGUAGGGAAAGAGAAGAGCAAGAGGAAGAGUGGUCAAGUGAGGAGAAUGUUCUGGAAGAAUGCGAUGGAAACGAACUAGCUCCCAGAUAAGGCUGGAGGGUCACAUUACUUUUCUCCUCAAGCCCCAGACUAGCUUUUGAGAGGCAGAAAGAGCCUGACCUUCGGGAAGUGCUUGAGAUGUUAAUUUUCCAUAGGUCAUCUUGGAUCUGGCACUGUUGCUCCUCAGGCAACGUCCAUGAGGGUUAGAUGGAUCCUUUGUAGCAUGCGGUGUCUCUGGGCUGGAGAACAACAUACGUGCCAGGGUAGAAAAUCAACUCAUGAGAGCAGCCUUUCUGUCAGACUCUGAUGUGGAACAUGUGAAAAGCAAGACAAAAACUUCCUCGCCUUGAAACAAAACACCAAAUACAUCUCAUUAGUAAUCCCAAAGUUUUCCCCACAUAGGAGAGUGGGCAGUAGGACUAGGGAGGGGAAGAUCCCUAGUUUGAUGUCUGAGAGGCUGUUUAAUGUUGCCCAGGGAAAUGAUGGUGUCCUUCUUGGCAGAAGAGCAAAAAGAAGGGGAAAGGCGAGGAUGCCACCUAGUGGUGGUGAAUGGUAGCUCAGCCCAUGCUGUGGAAAAGAUUGAAGAAAAUACCUGUGGAUGGGUUUUAAUUUUCCAUCCCUGAACUUCUUUUUUUUUUUUUUUUUAAAGGAAGUGGGGGUACCCUCCAGGUGCUCUCUGCUUCUCGGUUGUAAGUAUUUGAUUCUCUAAAAGCUCUCAGGAGGGUGGCCGUGCUGUCACAAAGCCCUCCGGGAUCCUUGCUGGUCUCAUCAACUCAUGACCGGGUCCACCUCCUCAAAUUCAGGGUGAGAAAGUUCUGGAGUCCAUGGAUGAGAAGAAAUGUGAUUUUGUGAUGUGAAAUAAACCCCUGAAAACCUUUCAAAGGAGAAAAAGAAAGCAUGUUCUAGUUCAUUAAAAACCAAGACCUAAUCUUUCUACUGAUCCAAUGAUUUAACUCUAAGUUGAUGAACCAUUUCUUUCACUGGCAUUUUGUCCCUAGGAAGCUGACCAAAUCAUGAAAAAAUGUUCCCAAACUGUAAGUAAAUGGAAGCUACUUUGACUAGUUUCAGAUCUUACUAACUUCUUGGCACAGAAAUCAGACUCUGAAGCUGACUGAUGUGAAUGGGCAAAGCCAAUAAUUCUGUCGCCUGACCAGACCCGGGUCUCUUACAAAUGGACCUGCUCACACACAGCUUCCCCAGGCAAACACCCAUCUUUGAUGGGCUGUCAAGUGAACAUGCUUUUUACCAAAAGCUGUGCAUUUUCCACGUCGGUUUUUAUAAAAGAGGUUAGUAAUCACUGGAAUCUAGCCUAGCUCUGAGGUAACGUUAGAAGUGAACAGGUGCAUAUGUAUAUGUUUUCUGGUUGGCGAAUUCUUGCAAUUUGUGUUCUGUACACUUGGCGUGAAGUGCAGAAUGAAAACAAUCCAUCAGGUAAUCUGGCCCACCACCUUCCCCGAUAAAUCCACUGUAAGCUAAAACUACAGAUAGAGGCAAAAAUAAGAGUUCAGCAAGUCACGUUCCUAAUGGGGCCUUGGGGCCCCACGGCAGAAGGCACACAGGAUUUAAGAAACCAGGUGAAUACGGACUCUGAGGGCAGCCAAGAGCUAGGCACUGGUGAGAAACUCAAGGCUCGUUUGGUGGCUGUUCCUAGAAUUUGUAAUCGGUGGCAAGCUGAAUGCCUUCGACCUGAAUUUCUAACCCUUUGUAAAUAGUGACAUCCAAUGCUUCAGUGACCCAUUCUGUGUCAGAGGCCACCCUUCCUGCUGACCCUGUCAUUGUCUGCAGUGCAGAGCAAUCCUCAAAUGGGGGGGGUACCUGGACACCAUAAUUUGUUGGGAGUCCCCUUCUGCCCCUCAGAGUGUGAGGAAGAUUCCUGUCUGGAGAGAGAAGUUCCAAUGACCUCUAGAAUCUCAGAGUAGUUGCCAAGCUUUCUGUCAGUGAGAUUUAAAAGCCAUUUACUUGUGUUUAUUUUAUAUUUAAUGAGUUAGUUCAUGCCAAAGGCCAGGCUGAUGUCUCGUUUAUUUUGGAUACUGAACAUUUGCACACAAUUCCACUUGAAAUAUAGGAUCGGGAAUAUAGACGAUCACAGACCCUCAGAAAGGUCUUACAGCUGUGGGUGAUGGACAUUUGAGGUCAGGCCAAAAUAUCCACUCUUGGUGGGUGUUGUAUUUCAUUCUGGGUGGCGACUUUGUGCUGUAAUCACAGAGAGAAUUACCAACCAAGAGCUGGAGAUCCUGAAGAGAAGAGUGUGGGAAACGCUCUACUGGGCAGACUGCUCGAAGGCUCACUUCUGUGGCUGUUCAGAGAAAAAGUUGGAGCUUCACAACCAGGAGACAGAGCAGUGACUUAGACACAUAGGGCAGAAAAAAAUCAGGUUAGGCCUGAUGGAAAUCAGGCAGUUGUCUGGCAAUGAGAGAUCCUCCUCCUGUCUUUCUGCCCUGGAGGAUGUGGGGGGCAGGGUGGGGAGGUGUGCUUGUUGGGGACUGCCCAUUUGGUAGUACCGUGUGGAGGCCAGUCCAGCUUGUGACUUUGGGAAACUAUCUGUGAGUCUGUCACCAAGAGUGAUGGCAGGCUGGAGCUCCUGACAUGUGUCCCCAGAACUCUGAUAGUAUGACAAAUUGGAGUGGUCCAUGAUGGCAGAGAGCAGAUGGUCAAGAGUCACUCAAACAUGCUGGAGGGGCUCUCACACCAGGCUUUGACUGUAGGUCUAACCAGGCCAUUGGGGCCUUACCCUAACACUAUACUUCCCUAGGUUUUUUUGGUCCAUGAAAUUCUGGAACUUUGCCUAGAGGGAUGCUCCUAAAAAAAGAAUUCCAUGGACCUGUAACUCUGGCAAGUCCUGUGUGCCUCCUUUUAGAUUUCUUCAAAGGCCUAGCAACUCAUUGGAGGCUUGGGACCUGCAUCGAGGAAUUCUGUUUAACGCUGCCCUCCUCCAAACUCCUAUCUGACCCCGUCCUGAGAAACCUGUUCUGACCUCCAGAUCUCUCAAGGGGGCACCAGCCAGGGGCAGGGAAUCACGAUUAGCAAGAAUGCUGCACUCAUGAGAAGGUUGAGGAAGUUAAAAGAGCCCCCAACCACAUGAAGGAGGCCUCUCUUGGGUUGCUUCCUCUUGUCUUCUCCCUCGUCCCUGGACUGAGGCUUAAAAGGAUAAAGGAGGUGUGGAGAGAGCGUCUUAGACCAGCUUUCCUAAUAUGGGCCUUGGGGAGAUGCAUUCCUUUUCUUUGGACUCGUUUUCCAAACCUGCCUUCAUGGAUGGAUAGGGUGGGCCAGGGUUGAGGGGGUGGACACAGAAUCUAGUCUUGGCCUUACAACAAUACCACACCAGUUCUCCAGGAUGCUUUAUGCACCAGGGAGGGGCACUAUCUUCCCACCUGUUAGCUUUACCUUUCCCACGCAACUUGUCAACUAGAGUUGCCUCCCACUACAUUAAGCAGAACUACCCCAGGGGUCCUAUUGCCUCCGACCAUACAUAUAUACUCACUUUAUCCCAUGCUCUUAUAUUUGCAAGAACAUUGUUUGCUUCUACCACUUUCUUAGAAAUGGACAAGUGAGUUAUGGUAGUGUCUGAAGUUGCCCAAUUUUAAGCAAGGGGAAGAAUCUGGUUGAAGGAUUCAACAAAGGCUCUUGGAAUUGGGAUAAUAGAAGUGUACCUGAUGUAUCCCUUUGUUUGCUUUGACUGCACUGUCUUCGGAGGAAGAGGCCCAGCCAACAGCUUUGACUAUGAUCCUGUUCUCCCUCAAAACACAGCUGAUAGGGGACUGGUGGGGCCAUCUGGUCCCAUCCUCUUCGGCCUAGCUCAGAAAGAGGAGUUGCCCUAAUCACAUUAUUAGUCUUCCUGGACAGGCUGUAGUAACAAAAGGGGCUGAAAAGUGUCUUCUCAUCUAACUUCUUCCAAGGUUGAUUUUGAUGGCUGGGUCAAGUUCACUCACGUUUGGCUAUUGACCAACCUAAUUUAUUCAUUCUUGGUGGUCCUCAGUCGUGCUCCCUUACCGUCACAGGGCAUUCUAGACUGCUCUUCCUCCUACCUCCCUCCUGAAGCCCACAGCCUCUGAUUCUUUCCCUUCAUUUCCUGCUCUAUGCCCUCUACCAAUCCCUGACCUGUAUCUUCAGUAGUCCAGACUCCAGUCCUGGGGGAGCCCUGUGGGAUGUAAGUCAAGGCUAACUUCUCUCUCUCUCUUUGGGAUUUGCUGGGAGUAUUGUAAAUAAAGUGUUGUCAUAAUUAUUUCUGAUUAAUAUUUUUACACCUAAUAAAGUUUCAAAGGGAUGGUGUUUACUUGGUCUAGGGGAGGGGCACCUUCCAGAUGACUUGCCCAGCAAUUAAAGCGGCUCGUUAGUCGGAGGCCCGGGAUGGCCGAGGACAGCUGGAGAGCUCUUCUUUGCAAGCAGCUCUGGUUAACAUCAACCAGGAAAGCUCUUUGUAAACACAUGAAUAAUUGAUCGUCCAGCGCUCACAUAGCUACUGAGGAUCUGAGCCUGUAUGACUCAUUUGCAAGCCAGCCCUGUCGUCUGGAUGCCAUAACAUUGGAGGAAUGAUGAUUGUUUCUUGGAGAUUCUUCUGUGGCCAGAGUUGCCAAGACCAAGGCUGUAAUGGUUUGUUAUGAUGACCUUUGUUAUUCCAUUAGGCUCAAUUGCUUUAAAAAAUGAUGUGUGCAUACUUUAGGAACGUUUUUACCCUUUACGUUGACCUGACAUCAUAGUUUAUAUUACAAAAUGUAUUAAUGACAGAGGAGUGUUUUCAUGUCCCGAGGACAAAUUUUAACAACCAUAAUCUGCCCUUAGUCAUCAUAAAUAUAAAUGUAUUGGUCAAACAGAUCUCGUUAAUGUGGCCAAGAUAAAUGCAAGUCUAUAUUUUUAAGGCAGUUGAAGUUCUAGAGAAUAUUUGGGGCUUUCUGUAGGGCUAAGAGAUCUUGUAUACGUGCUAUCAAAGGGCUGAGAAAAUUAACAUGUUUCCCCCUCUGGUUUUUUGUUGGACAGAUAUAAACGUCUUGGGGUUGUCAAGUAAGAUUGUUCACAUAGUUUCUGGACUCCGUUAUGCCUGGUGGGGUGAAGCUUAGUUCUUAAAGCUGUCUUCUUUUCAUUAUGCUCACAGUGCUUCUGAAAAGAAACAAAAUAAAGAUUUCAAGACUUAGCAAUGUGUUGCUCAACCCCAUUUUCCUGUAUUACACUGUGCCUUGAAGUUUUAGUUUUAUGAGUGCCCCCUGACCCACCAUCUUGCUUCCUGUGGGAGGAGCCCCCUUUCAACGGAUGUACAGCUGACAUUUUGCAGUCGAUAUGCUGGGCACGGGCUGGGUCGAACACUUCGUCUUCCUCUCCGUCAUGCCGCGCUCAGAAGUGUUGGCCGUCGCUGGUUGUGUCCACAUUUCAAGCUUCUCAGGCAGAAAAUGAACCUUUAUGUAGAAUCCUUUUUAAUUGUGUUCUUAGUCUGAACCAUGAAAAUGUGUUUAAGGCAGGGAUGUCUCAAAUGCCAGUCACUGAGAGAGCAGACUGUUUACAGGGGGAGUUCGUCUCCCCUGAAUAUGGCAGA